AUGGCCAAGGAGCCGCUCUUCGUGAGGGACGAGAUCAUGGAGUGCCAGGUGAUGUGGGAGCCCGACAGCAAGAGGAACACUCACAUGGACCGCUUCCGGGCGGCCGUGAGCGCCGCCUGCGGCCUGGCUCUCGAAAAUUAUGAUGACUUGUAUCAUUGGUCAGUGAAGUCUUACUCCGACUUCUGGGCAGAGUUCUGGAAAUUCAGUGGAAUUGUCUUCUCACGUAUGUAUGAUGAGGUUGUGGACCCUUCGAAAGGAAUCGCGGAUGUGCCCGAGUGGUUCAAAGGCAGCCGUCUAAACUAUGCAGAAAACCUCCUGCGCCACAAAGACAAUGACCGCGUCGCUCUGUAUGUUGCAAGAGAAGGCAAGGAGGAAAUUGUGAAGGUGACCUUUGAAGAGUUGAGGCAGCAAGUGGCUUUGUUUGCAGCAGCAAUGAGGAAAAUGGGGGUAAAAGUGGGGGACCGCGUUGUUGGCUAUUUACCCAACAGUGCACAUGCUGUGGAAGCGAUGCUGGCAGCCUCGAGCAUUGGUGCCAUUUGGAGCUCCACGUCCCCAGACUUCGGCGUGAACGGAGUCCUGGACCGCUUUUCUCAGAUCCAGCCUAAGCUCAUCUUCUCUGUGGAGGCCGUCGUGUACAACGGCAAACAGCACAGCCACAUGGACAAGCUGCAGCAGGUCGUUAAAGGGCUGCCAGACUUGAAAAGAGUGGUGGUGAUACCUUACGUCUCCUCUAAAGAGAAGAUUGACAUUUCGAAGAUUCCACACAGCAUGUUCCUCGACGACUUUCUUGCCACUGGGAAAGGCGAGCAGGCGCCGCAGCUGGAGUUUGAGCAGCUGCCCUUCAACCACCCACUCUUCAUCAUGUUCUCCUCGGGCACAACGGGCUCCCCCAAGUGCAUGGUGCACUCAGCUGGGGGCACCCUGAUCCAGCACCUGAAGGAGCACGUCCUGCACGGUAACAUGGGCCACGGUGACAUCAUCCUGUACUACACCACGGUCGGCUGGAUGAUGUGGAACUGGAUGGUGUCUGCCCUCGCCACAGGUGCCUCUGUGGCCUUGUACGAUGGCUCCCCGCUGAUCCCCACGCCCAAUGUGCUCUGGGACCUGGUGGACAGGAUAGGCAUCACUAUCCUGGGAACUGGAGCCAAGUGGCUGUCCGUGCUCGAAGACAGAAACAUGAAACCAGUGGAAACUCACAACCUCCAGACGCUUCACACAAUUCUGUCUACGGGCUCCCCGCUGAAAGCCCAGAGCUACGAGUAUGUCUACAAGUACAUCAAGAGUAGCGUGCUACUUGGCUCCAUCUCAGGUGGCACCGACAUCAUCUCGUGCUUCAUGGGCCAGAACGUCUCAGUGCCUGUGUACAAAGGGGAGAUCCAGGCCCGGAACCUGGCCAUGGCAGUGGAGGCCUGGGACGAAGAAGGAAAGCCAGUCUGGGGGAUGAGCGGUGAGCUGGUGUGUACCAAGCCCAUCCCCUGCCAGCCCACCCACUUCUGGAACGACGAGAACGGGAACAAGUACAGGAAGGCCUAUUUCUCCAAAUUCCCAGGCGUCUGGGCACAUGGUGAUUACUGCAAAAUCAAUCCCAAGACCGGGGGCAUCGUUAUGCUAGGCCGGAGCGACGGCACACUCAACCCCAACGGGGUGCGGUUCGGCAGCUCAGAAAUCUACAACAUUGUGGAGGCCUUUGAGGAAGUGAUGGACAGCCUGUGUGUCCCCCAAUACAACCAAGAUGGAGAGGAGCGUGUGGUCCUCUUCCUGAAGAUGGUAUCUGGCCACACCUUCAGGCCGGAGUUGGUACGAAGGAUUUGCGACGCCAUCCGUCUGGGCCUGUCUGCACGGCACGUCCCCAGUCUCAUCCUGGAGACCAAGGGCAUCCCGUACACGCUCAACGGCAAGAAAGUGGAGGUGGCUGUGAAGCAGGUCAUUGCGGGCAAGUCCGUGGAGCACCGCGGGGCGUUCACCAACCCUGAGACCCUGGAUCUUUACCGCGACAUUCCUGAGCUCCGGGACUUCUGA